AGAGCGGGCAAAUCUCUUUCCGUUGGACCGUUGAGUGGAGAUAGAAAACGACGGGCAUCCUCUUCAGUAUCCAGCGUGUCUUCGGUAUCGUCCGUGGAUGAUCUUAGUGAUGCCCCGGACAAUUCGUCAGAGGACGAUGCAGAUGAUGAGGAAGACCCGCCGGCCCCCGCCUACCACAAGGACAAGGGCCGGAAAUCAGCCCCUAAACCCGCAAAGACCAUCAACAAUCGGAAUAAGAAACAAGCUACGAAGAAGAAGAAGAAGGCCGCAAGGAUAUCUGACGACGAACUCUAUGAUGAUGACAAUGACUCGGAGGAUAGCUCCGAUGAUGUCUACGCCGCAGUCGACUACAUCUCGGACGGGGACGGGGAGGACCAAGACAUGGAAAAGCUGGAGGAGAUGAUGAUCCUCGAGUCGGAAAGCGAGAGCCGCAUUGGUAACCUGCUGUCGACGGCGGAUAUGGGAGAUGCUGAGACCUGGUUCGUUCUUUGAUGAGGAUCAGCUCUACAGCGCCAUGGAGAACUUUGGUGAGACUGAUCUGGCCAGCGAGGCUAUUGAGACCCCAAUGCAGGUACCCCGCCAUGUACACUUUGAAGCCAAGUCCGAGUCCUCGUCCGACAGCGACUCGCAUACCGAAGACGAGGUCCCCGGUGAUUUCCUCCAACAGGACAGUCUGGACCCCCAAUUGCGUCGUAUGAUUGAGCACGACAAUCAAAAUACACACAAGCAGAACCGACGUCGGAUGUCAAAUGACGACAUGUUUGGCGAGUCUGACUAUGGCCAUUCCAACAUUUACCACGUCGAGUCUGACGCUGUCGACGAAAAGUCGGAGUCCAGUGGCUAUGAGACCGAUGAUGGCGAGACUACAGAUGAAGACUUACCCCCGCCGGCUACCAUCACACAUCCCCGGUCCAUUUUGCGCCGUGACUCAUCGGCUUCCCUUGCUCCUCCCGCAGACGAGAACAAUGAGUCAACAACACGCCGGCGGGGCCCUCUUAUGGGAUCAUUUGUGCCAGAUCCUCACAAACCGGUGGCUCUUGUGGACUGCACCGGCAAGCAUCUCGUCAUCAUUCCGGCUUAUGCCUCCUCUCGUCAUGACUGGCUAGAGUCGACAUCUAACAGUAUGCCGGGCACGGUGAACAAUAGCCCGCGUGCCACCACGAUGCAGAUCAUUGAUGAAAGUGACACGGAUGCCCUGGCCUCUCCUAACCAUGCUGAUUUCAGUCCCAUGUUGGCCUCUGGUGCCAACCUGAUGAUGACCGCACUGGGUAACGACCUCGCUCCGGGCGGUCAGGUCAUGGGUCCUCCGGAGGCUUUCUACCCUUCGCAAGACAUCACCAUUGAUUCGUCAUUCGAGGAUGACGACGACGAAGAUCCGGAAUCGGCUUUGAACGUCAAUGACUUUAUUGACUUUGGUGAUGGCUCGUCCGAUGAUGAGAUGGACGAGAAGCAAUUCGAAGAUGAACUUACCUCCCCUGCUAUGACCAACCCUGUCCCAAUGGUCGGCGCGGGGAGUCCCACGCCAACGCGGACGGCCGAAACGCAGCAGCAGACGAACAGUGCGGAGCGGUUCUUGAACCAUCUCGACCGGGGUAUCGUGACGGCAUUCCGUCGCAACCACAACCGGUAUCAGGCAUUGCUGCGUCUUCCGCAACAUCGUGAAUUUAUGCCUGCCAACUCCCCUGCCCGGCCGGCUAGCGUGUUCCGACAUGCUCGUUUGGCAGACCAACGCACUCCCACACGGAAGCGCAGGAACGGUAAUACGGGUGACGCCGUCCGGCGAAAGCUGAUGGACGCGCACCGUCGCAACCACCUUCCAUUCUAAUUACCUUUUGAUUUUCGGGUAGAAUCAACCUCGCAUACGAUUUGCAUCUCUCGUCGGGAGUUGUGUUUUGACAAAG